AGAGGUGGCGGUAUAGAGACAAUCUCGGAGUUUAUCUUUGGCGAAGAAGAAGAAGCCCCACCCUCUCUUCCGGAUAAGGCCAUAUCAGCACGUUUUAUUUAUCGUUCACUGUAUUUGUGUGCUUUUAUCUUGUGCUAAUGAUGAGCUACAUUUUAUAACAAGUCAUUAAUAACACAUAUGGUAGUCAGGUUCAUGUACCUCGUAAGCACUGUUAGUGGUUGACCUUAACAGCAGCAUCCAGUCAUGGAGGAGGUGGAGACACCAGAGGAGCUCCUAGCAAAGCAGCACCGCAAGGAGAAGAAGGAUCUGCAGGCUAAAGUCCAGGGCAUGAAAAAUGCAGUCCCCAAAAAUGACAAGAAGAGGAGGAAACAGCUGACAGAGGAGAUCUCCAAACUUGAGGCUGACCUGAGUCAGAAACAUGAGGAGGAAUUCAGGCAGCUCAAAGCAACAGCUGACACAAAGAAGGUGGAAGAGGUCAUAAAUGGAGUGGAGACUGUAAAGGUGGAAGAUGGAGAACAAGAGGAGGCGAAACAGCCGCGAGUAACCAAAGCCCAGAAGAGAAGGGACAAAAAGGCUGCACAGGAGAAGGAGAGGGAGAUCAGGAUAGCAGAGGCUGAGGUGCAGAACCUGCAGGGUGUGAGACAUCAGGAGGGUUUAAAGCUGGUCCAAAAACUCGCCCAGCAAAAGCUUCAGAUCAAGGAGAUCUCCUCUGAUGGCCACUGCAUGUACCGUGCUAUUGAAGAUCAGCUGACACGGCGAUCAAAGCUCCAAUUACCCACAAGUGUGAAGGAACUGCGAUCCCGCACUGCCGAGCACAUGAGAGGCCAUCCUGACGACUUCCUGCCUUUCCUCACCAACCCAAGCACAGGUGACAUGUACACAACAGAUGAGUUUGAGAAAUACUGCAGUGAUGUGGAGCACACAUCAGCUUGGGGUGGACAACUGGAACUUCGAGCUUUGACGCAAGUUCUUCAUUUGCCGAUCGAGGUGAUCCAGGCGGACUCUCCUACCAUAAAAAUUGGGGAGGAAUAUGACGGCGAACCCAUCACACUUGUCUAUAUGCGGCACGCUUAUGGUCUAGGAGAGCACUACAAUUCUGUGGAACAGCUAAAGGACCCAGUCAAUGCUGAGGACAGCUGAGAGAGAGUUAACAUAAGGCUGUUGGCGUAAUGCAGAGAGUGUUCAAACUUCUAACACAAAGCACCCUGAAAUAUGACAUAUUUGAAGGGAGACCCCUGGUCAAGCGAGACAUUGCUGAGCUCAACAGAGAAUGCUUCUGUUUUCACAUCGGUUAAAUGUCUGUGUUGAAGUCAGAUACGGAGAGUGAAACCUAAAUGAAUACAUAACUUCUAAUGUAUAAACGAUAACAUUGUGUUAAUCAUGAUAAUGAUAAUAAAAAAAACACAAUUGAACAGAAUGUGUGAAAAGAUUUUACAUGGGUCGCCCCUGGCUAAUCCUAAUGAUUACAGGGUUACCUUUUAGCUCAUUUUCAGAGGCAUCGCUGAAUCUUUUUUUUUUUUAAGAAAAAAAAUACAGUUCCACUCAUGCAGUUGAGGAUUCAGGAGCUGCUUAUCAUGUGUGACUACCAACCAAAUGUGGACAACGAGUGGUUGUUUUCAGUGUUGUUUGGCUGAAAUGAGCUGUUAAACGUGUAAAUGAUACCAAGUUACAUAAAUGCAUACAAUACCAUGAGUGUGUGUGUGUCACAGCUUUAUUCUGAAUGUUUCUAAUGAGCAUCCUUGUAUUCCUCAUAGGCACCACAAUUUAUAUACCAUGCAUUAAAAAUAAAAAACCCUCACUGUCAUGGGUGUGUCAUGGUAAAACUGGCCAUUAUAAUCAAUCCACCCAUAUUUAACAGUUUAAUAUCCAGCUGUGUCCACCAGAGGUCGCAGCCGCUCCGGAUCAGAUCUUUGACUUGUCAAAGAGCGUGCUGUUGCCACGGUAACUCCACAGAACGUUACGAUAGGCGUAAAGAAAUGGCUAAAAGGGAAUCGGCGGCUAGAAAGUGGGUGAUAAGGGUUUUAUAUGCCGGAGCAGCCUCUUUAAAUUUAAGCUCGACGCACAUAAAGGAAGUUCCCAAGUGCGUUUCCAGACUCACAAACCUGUCAGUCCUCCUGUUAAACAACAACUCCAUCACAGGCCUUCCCACUGAGCUGCUCUCCUUACAUCAACUGGCUGAGCUGAAUUUAGGAAAUAAUGCCUUGAAGGAGUUUCCCGCUGUUCUGGGCCAUCUGGAGUCCUUGAAAAAGCGGUGGCUUCAAGAACCUUGUCCUCAAUCUGAACCACAACCAGAUUCAAAGACUUCCGCCAGGGAUUAAAAGGUGCAAUAUGACUCCCUAUAUCUGCAAUUAUAGGUUCUGAAGUCAACAAAUCAUUUAAUGACAGUUUAAUUCUGAUACACAUGUGCACACAUUGUGAAAAUGCUGCAUGUAAACCCCCCCUCCUCUCAAAUUCAAGUCUGACUAUGCUUGAACACCUCAGCGUGCUGGACAAUAAGCUGGAGGAAGUUCCUGCAGAGCUUGGUCAUCUCACUCGCUUGUCUGAGAUAAACCUAAACUUCAGCAAGCUGUCCUGGCUUCCUUGGCAGCUGUACCAGUGCAAAGAGCUGACAAAGCUGUUUAUGCAGCCAGAAACUACUUGACCAGCCUACCAGAGGAGGGUUCUCAUAAGAUCCCACACCAGUUACCUGGAACAGGUUUGUGCAGUGUGAGCUCAUGACUUCGGUGCAGUAUGCUGAAGUACUUAUAUUAAAGUAGGAAGUGGUUGUUAGGUUUGUAUUGCGGGAGGACAGGAACAGGUUCUCUCUAAUCCAUGUGAUGCUUCCCCACUAUCCAAAUCUAAAGACGUCUGCUGGAUACCGCCAGUUCUUGUACGGUCUGCUGCAGCCCCUUCCUCACCACCUGGCUGCAUUGUGUACAUUAUGUAAAUCUAAAGAAGAAUAUUGUAAAUGAACAGAAGCAAGUAAACUGUCUGUCCUUGGAGGUUACAAGGAAGUGAUACCAUUACUGAACCGUUCCUCAUUAGAGGGGGUGUAAGACAAGAACCCAGCCGCCAGGCCAGCUCCCUGUCUCUGGCAGUUCUGGGUCACCACCAGCCACACUGCAAAAACCCCCAAAAAACAACCACCAUUACCAGACUGCAUUUGCUGCAGAAAUCAGACAGAAAUGCUGCAGCAACAUCAAAAGAACAAAUAAAUCUUUAAUCUUGA